AUGAACGUUUUCCGGAUCCUGGCCGAUGUGGCACACAUUUCAUCGAAAUGCAUUCUGAUAUGGGCCAUUCAUUGGAACCGAAGCUCAGAGGGAGUGUCCCUGCUCACGCAGGCUCUCUAUGCAAUAGUCUUUGUAACGAGAUAUCUUGAUCUCUUCCGGGCCUCGCACUGGAGAGAAGGACAAGCGUACUUGAUCUUCUUCAAGUUGUUUUAUAUCUUCACCUCCUUCUAUAUAAUAGCCCUGAUGACAUACGUCUAUGCUCGAACUCGAGAAAGAGAAAAGUCAUGGAAGCUGGCAACGUGGUGUGCAGUGGGCUCUGCAAUCGGUGCUCCUGUAGUACUGGGCAUCUGGGGUGCAGCCAGCAAGGAAGGCUAUCCUAGAUACUGGUUCACAGAGACGUUAUGGGCAUUUUCCAUAAUCCUCGAGUCUGUGUGUGUGCUGCCACAACUGCUGUUACUCCGGCAAACCACUGUGCCAACGGUGAUUGAUUCUUACUAUCUGAUCACACUGGGCUCUUACCGAGCACUGUACAUUCUGAAUUGGAUUGUCCGUUAUUUCACAGAGAACCACUACUGGGAUCCCAUCGCCGAUAUCUUUGGGGUUGUUCAGACUCUGCUUUACAUUGAUUUUGCCUGGGUGUACUAUUCACGGCAACGAGUCAAGCUGCGAGGCGGUGGGGUUGUGGACUCGGAAGAUCUCCAAAGAAGCUGGUUCGUUGGCAAGAUCUUGAACUCGCGCGCAGUUCGCACGCGGACCCAAGAAGAGGAAGAGCCGUUGGAUCCAGAGGCGGGCGGAGAGUGA